CCCCGUUGCCGUAGCGACCCCCAAGGACCUCGAGGGUCCCCCAACAUCGCAGGGGCUCUGUGGGACCCCCAAGGGUUUUGGGGGGUGCCCCCUUGCCGUAGCGACCCCCAAGGACCUCGAGGGUCCCCCAACAUCGCAGGGGCUCUGUGGGACCCCCAAGGGUUUUGGGGGGUGCCCCGUUGCCGUAGCGACCCCCAAGGACCUCGAGGGUCCCCCAACAUCGCAGGGGCUCUGUGGGACCCCCAAGGGUUUUGGGGGGUGCCCCGUUGCUGUAGGGACCCCCAAGGAUCCCCCAACGCUGUAGACCCCUGAAGGACCCCCAAGGACCUCGAGGGUCCCCCAACAUCGCAGGGGCUCUGUGGGACCCCCAAGGGUUUUGGGGGGUGUCCCGUUGCUGUAGGGACCCCCAAGGAUCCCCCAACGCUGUAGACCCCUGAAGGACCCCCAAGGACUUUGAGGGUCCCCCAACGCCGUAGACCCCUGACGGACCCCCAAGGACUUUGAGGGUCCCCCAACGCCAUAGACCCCCCAAGAGUUUAGGGGUCCCCCACCUCCAUAGCCCACCCCCACCCUCACCCUGCCCUCAGGCCCAUCCCCCGCCCCCCUCCCCCCAACCGGGGACCCCCCGGGAAUGGGGGAACCGGCGGGCUGUUGCGAACGGGUGGCCAUCAACGUGGCGGGCCGGCGUUUCGAGACGUUGGGGAGGACCCUCCUCCGCUUCCCCGACACCCUCUUGGGGGACCCCCGUCGGCGCCGACGGUACUUCGACCCCCAACGCCGGGAGUACUUCUUCGACCGCCACCGCGGAGCCUUCGGCGCCGUCCUCUACUACUACCAGUCCGGAGGAAGACUCCGCCGCCCGCCCGACGUCCCGUUGGACGUCUUCUUGGAAGAGUUACGCUUCUACCAGUUGGGCGCCGAAGCGGAAGGAAGACUCCGCGAGGCCGAAGGCUUCGGGGUAGAGGCGGCCCAACCGUUGCCCGGCGGGAGGUUACGGCGACGGGCGUGGUUGUUGUGUGAACACCCCGAGAGUUCGCCGGCCGCCCGCGCCGUGGCCUUGCUCUCCGUCCUCGUCAUCCUCGUCUCCAUCGUGGUGUUCUGCUUGGAGACCCUGCCCCAGUUUCGGGCCGGAGGGGAGGGGUCCGCUCAGAGCCCACCCCCCGCCGCGCCGCCCCUCAACGCCUCCCACCCGCCCUCCCCCCGCGCCGGCUUGGGCGAUCCCUUCUUCGUGGUGGAAACCAUCUGCAUCUGCUGGUUCUCCGUGGAGCUCCUGGUCCGCCUUUUGGCCAGCCCGAGCAAAACCGCCUUCUUCCGCAACGCCAUGAACCUCAUCGACGUCAUGGCCAUCGCCCCUUACUUCGUCGCUUUGGGGACCGAGCUGGCGCGUCAACGCGGCGUUGGCCAACCGGCCAUGUCGUUGGCCGUCCUUCGCGUCAUCCGCUUGGUGCGGGUCUUCAGGGUCUUCAAAUUAUCCCGCCACUCCACGGGGUUACAGAUUUUAGGGCAAACCCUUCGCGCCAGCAUGAGGGAGUUGGGUUUACUCAUCUUCUUCCUCCUCAUCGGCGUCGUCCUCUUCUCCAGCGCCGUCUACUUCGCCGAGGCCGAAGACGCCGCCACUUCCUUCACCUCCAUCCCGCAGGCCUUUUGGUGGGCCGUGGUCACCAUGACCACGGUGGGCUACGGCGACAUGGCCCCCGUCACCGUCGGGGGGAAGCUGGUGGGGUCCCUCUGCGCCAUCGCGGGGGUCCUCACCAUCUCCCUGCCCGUCCCCGUCAUCGUCUCCAACUUCAGCUACUUCUACCGGCGGGAAUUGAGGGGGGAGGAAGGGGGGGAGUACGCCCCCGCCCCGCCCUGCCCCCGCCACCCGCCGCCCCCCUCCCCCCCCGACACGCCCAAAGGCGGGGGAGGGGGCGGGGGAGGGGAGGACCUGUUGGAUGGGGACGCGGGCGGGGCCGGGCAGGGGUGGCCGGGGAGGUUGGUCACCCAGGUGUGA